AUGGUGGACGGCAGUAAGCUACCGAUCUACGGGGAAACACGAUCGGGAUACUGGCAAAUUCGAAUGGCGGACAACUCCAUCCAUAAAACUGCCUUCCGAACUCGGUACGGGUCGUACGAGUAUCUCGUGAUGCCGUUCGGACUCACCAACGCACCAGCAACGUUUCAGGCGGAGAUGAACCACAUCCUUCGGCCUCUUCUGGACGAGUGCGUGGUGGUAUACUUGGACGACAUCCUGAUUUACUCGAAGGACAUGAAGCAGCACGUUGAGCAUCUGCGACGCGUCUUCGAAAUUCUCCGACGAGAACGCUUCUACGUGAAACUGUCUAAAAUCGAGUUCGCAUUGAAAAAGGUCCAAUUCCUCGGACAUAUGGUGAGCGCUCAAGGAGUUCACGCGGAUCCCAAGAAGAUUGAAGCAGUGCGAACGUGGAAGACCCCCGAGAACGUAAAGGAGUUGCAGCAGUUCCUCGGAUUCGCUAACUACUACAACCGGUUCGUACCAAACUACGCUAAGAUCGCCGCACCACUGACUAACCUGUUGAAGAAGAAUACACCAUUCCAGUGGGAGGCGAAACACCAGGAAUCCGUGGAACAGCUGAAAUCCGCACUCACGUCCGCACCUGUCCUUAUCUUGUCAGACCCCGACCUUGACUAUGUUAUCGAGGCCGAUGCUAGCGAUCAAGCAGUGGGGGCAGUGCUCAUGCAAGAUCAAGGGAAGGGACUGCAACCCAUUGCAUACCUUAGUAAAAAACUUCAUGGGGCGGAACUCAAUUACCCCAUCCAUGACAAAGAGGCCCUCGCCAUCGUCAACGCGUUCAAGGCAUGGAGACCCUGA